AUGAGUACAAGCAGAAAGAGAAUGGAUAAAGACGUCAUGGAACUCAUGAUGAGUAACCAUGUUGUAGAACUCAUAGAUGACUCGAUACAGCAAUUCCAUGUCAUAUUCAAAGGACCUUCCGAUACUCCCUACGCAGGGGGAAUGUGGAAAAUCCGGGUAGAGCUACCAGAUCAAUAUCCUAUAAAGUCUCCUUCUAUUGGAUUUGUGAAUAAAAUCUAUCAUCCCAACAUUGAUGAGAGCUCUGGGUCUGUGUGUCUAGAUGUGAUCAAUCAGACCUGGUCUCCGAUGUUUGGUCUUUUGAAUAUAUUUGAGAAUUUCUUGCCCCACUUGUUGAGGUAUAGUAAUCCUAGUGAUCCUUUAAAUACAGAGGCCUCGAAUCUCAUGACUAAAGACCUCCAGAAGUACACUGAGGUGGUCAAAGAGCAUACUAAACGGUAUGCUCUGGAGCGCCUCACCACCGAAACAACACAAAAUUCUGAAAAUGAGGAUGGAGAUGAUGACUUGAGUGAUGUGGGGACCCUAUCAAGUGGCUCUGAUGAAGAUUAA